AAGUGUGGCGGUUGAGCCCAAGAGGCUCCGAAUGUUUUGUCUGUUGGAGGUGAGCGUCGGAGUCGUUUCCUGCCCGCCAUGGAGGUGCCCACUCUGCAGUACUUGGAGGCUCUCAGCUACAGCGAACUGCGGCGCCUGGCCAAGACGGUGGGGCUGAAGGCCAACCUCAAUGCAAGCAAAUUAUUAAGUGUGUUGAAGCAGCACUUCCUUGCAACAGUACAGGAAAAUGGAAGUAUGGUCAAAAAAGGAGACUCUUCUACAAAUACAGAGGAGCUGAACAGCAGUCCAAGACCUGUAAACCUGUCUAUGGUAACCAAAAGGCAUAGAAAACGGCAAGGUGAUGAUGCACAGGGAAAUUCAGGAGGGAAAAACGUUAAUGAAGAGAAAACAGAACUUCCUCCAGAGAAAGAGAUUCUGACAGAGGAGACAGAAAAUGAAGGGUCCCAGGAUGCUGGAUCCAGAAAGACCCUGAAGAUAAGCCAGAAUGAGCAUCUGGUGAAUGGUGGAAUUGUGAGAAACUUAGCAGAGAACUCUGAUACUCCAAGUCAACAAAAAGAGAGGAAUUCCAGAAGAAAAGGAGUUGAAAAAAAUACCCUCGUGGAUCCUCUCUCUGAAAAGAAAUCUCAUUACCCAGGCAACCUGUCCAAAUCUGGGAAAACAAGAAUCAUUUCUACCACUCCAAAUUUCAAGAAACUUCAUGAGGCUCAGUUCAAGAAAAUGCAAUCUAUUGAUGAUUACAUUGAAAGGAAAAAUAAAAUGAUUUGCAACUUCAGCAAUUCAGUUAAUGAAGUGAAGAUGCUGGCUCAGAAGAGUAACUACCUAAAGACAUCUCAGAGAGAAACUCCAAACAGUAACUCCAAGAAACGUUCUGGUUCCAGGGGGGCAUUAUUAAGCCCUCAUCCUCAGAGGAAUAAGUUCUCUAGUAUGUGUACCCCUGUAAACGUGCGACGCUCAUCACACAAUUUUCUUGGCAAUGCAAACAAAAGCAUUUUAUCUCAAAAAUCAAUGUUCAACUCAACCAGCCUCUCUACAACAAAGAUGAAUGUCAGAUUCUCUGAAUCUACAAAGGAUAAUGAGCACAAGCGCUCCCUUACCAAGACUCCAUCUAGAAAAUCUCCAUUCCUAAGUAUCUGCACCCCAGCCAGUCAGAAGAGCACUAAGUCUGUAACAAGGAUGAACUUCAAAGGAAGUGCAACAAAGUGUCAACCAACAGAGACCCCAACAAACUCUGCUGUUAGCCCUUUCGAGUUCCAAUCCAUGAACACAAAGAAGCCAAUAUUUGAUCUACAAGCAAGUUUGUCAAGUCCUCUUAGCUAUCAGCCGCACAGAGGAAAACUGGAACCUUGGGGCAAAUCAAAGGAGAAUCUCCAGAGUACUUGUUCCCACAAGAGAAAUUAUAAACAGCCACUUCUUCAGACCAGAGAAGAGAGGAGGGAGAAACACGCACAGGAAAGAAAACAGAGAAAAGACCAAGUGCUUGGAACGCGGAGAGGAUUAAAUGGCUAAGGCUAACUCCAAAAUGACUCUGUAAAUAACAUUUUAUAU